GUCAUAAAAUGCGGUUUCCGGUCCGGCGUGAUAGUUGGGUUGUGGAGUUUAUAGCCCAAGAAGCCGUCAUUGAAUUAAUUCUAGUUUAUGAAAUAAAAUAAUCUUUAAACUGAGCGAUGUCUUGGGUGAAAAGCCUUCCAAGCAGUGGGGAUGAUGUUUUUUAUGAAGAGGAAGAUGAUCUCAGUCUCCAAAAUAAGGAGUGGAGGACUAAUAUGGAGAAGCGUGAGAAGGAAGGGUACCGAGAUGGCGUCGACGCCGGUAAAGAGGCCUCCCUACAGCACGGGUUUAAUGUCGGCUACAGGGAAGGAGCAGCGAAGAUGGUCGCCAUUGGACAGCUGAAAGGGAUCGUGAGUGCCAUGCAGUGCUGGUGUCAACAGCAGCAACUGAACUCCCCGUUGCUCAGGCAGCUCUUUCAGGACGUGGUGAAGCAUGAGGAGGCGAUGGUGAAGAACAUGGAGAUGGCCAAGCUCCAUCCACAGGCCAAUGUGCGGGAUGUCAUGGACCAUAUUGAGGACCUGAUGGUCCGGGGGACUGACUCUGCAUCUGAGGGAGAGGAUUGCGCUAUGACAGACUGUUGCAGUGAGGAGGGUGCAGAGGAGGGAGACCUCUCCUCUCUGUCUGUCUGUCGUAACCCCACGUGUGACACGUUCAGUCUGGAACAAAGGCUUGAGCAGCUAAUGAAGACCUGCUUGGACCUGGUGGCUGAAUUGGGGCUCCCUGAAGGACUGUCCAAUCAUAUAAAGCAGUUGAUGAGUACUUAGUUGUGUUGUGAUCAUACACAUCUGUCUGCUAAGCAGACGUCUUUAUCUGUGCCAGCUGCAGUCAAUUUUUUAAUUGUUUGUUAUACUGAAAUGUAAGUGAACGGGACUGCGGACCUUCUGCAUUGUAGGUCUUUGACUUUCACCACGAUGGCAGAUGGGCGGUGAGAGGAUGAGUUUCGAAACACCUGCAUGUUUCACCCUUCAGUUUUAUGAUUUAUUAUUAUUAUUAUUAUUAUUAUUAUUAUAAAUAUGUCCCAGUGCUCAUGGAGUUACUUGCUGUAAAAUACUGUUUUCACUAAUGCUGUAAAAAUAGCUGCCGUAAUUAAUAUUCUAAUAAUAAUGAAUUAAUCCUUUCUAGAGGAAAAAUUAGAAUGUGUUUACAUUCUGAAUCUACACAAGUGAAUGAGGUUUUGGAAUUCUGUUUUUACAUUUUUUUAUGUUAAGGAUUAUAUACACCAUUCUGUUUAAUGACAGUUACUUUUGAUGUUAUGCUCUGAUGUCAAAGAACUGACUUAAAACAUUCAUUUACUCAUAUUUCGGUUUUGUGAAAGCUGUUUUAUGGGUUUCAGGUUUUGAAUAUCUCAUAAAUAAAAGUAGGUGUUUUCUCCAUGUCUACCAUUAAUGGAAUAAUGCUUUAAAAGCUCAUUAAAGAAAUUUACAUUAACUCGUUUAUCUGAAGCUUUUAUCCAGAGUAGGGGGAAGAGUUACAAUAUAUGUAUGUUUCCUGUGAUUAUACCCAUGACCCUUGCAUUGUUAGCACAAUGUUCUAUAUGUUGAGAUACAGGGGCUGUGUUUUUUUGUUUUUAAACCAUAUUCAUUCAUUUACUUGUUUACCUAAUUGUUUCUGGAGUGUUUUCUGUGUGCCCUGGCUUUUCAGUUCGGCCUACAGUCUCACUCUUCUCCAUUCCUGCAGCUUCUGCAUUCCUCCUGCUGCAUUCCUCCUGCUGCAUUCCUCCUCGUAAUACUCAGCUUGUCUCAGAUUACCUUUAAAGGUGUAGACUGCCUUCACCACAGACCGCUUUCUCACAGUGGUAGCAGUGCUCUUGUCAUUUUGCUCUCAAACCUUUUUCUGCUGGUUUGGCAUUGAAACUUUAAGAUGGUGUGCUUCUAUAUUUCAGAAUAACAAGGUAAGGAUCAGACUGCCCAUUUUCUUUACUCUGUUAGUCAUUUUUACAGAAGAUGAUGCUUUUCAGGCUCUAGGUCCCCUCGUGACUGACCAGGAUAAGCGAUUUAGGAUGGAUGGAUGGGCUAUGCUUUGUAAUUAUGUCAGUGAUAGGCAGUUGAUGAUGUUGCAUGCUCACUGUCUUUACUAAACUGCUUGAAUUCCUGCAAGUAAUGCUGUGAUCCAUUAGCAAGGGGUCAGAAAUUCCAGGGUGCACCUUGUGACCUUUCAGCUUGUGAAUAACAGCGAUUGAUCUGAUGUCUGGGAGGUAGUCACCUUCUGUGAACUUUGAGAAAUAUUCUACAGUAACAUGAUUGUCUCUGUUAUUGAAUAAAUCUGUUGGACCUCUU